ACGUUGUUUUUUCGCCCUACUACUACGACUACUACAAUAGGUGCAGCGUGCAGGAAGGAAAGAAGAGUUUCUCUCUUCUACCGCCAUUUUCUCGAUCGUUUUCCUUCUUCUCAAUACCUACGCCGCCGAUUUCAAUUCUUUCCGGAUCGUCACUUCCAAUCGAUCUCUUCCUCUCUCUCGGGAAUCCUGUAAAGUUUCUUGGUUAGGUUUAGGCUGAAUAGAUGCCAGUUGCAAAACUUACUGCCUCAGCUACUCCCAAUUUUAUGAAACCGGAAGUCGGAAAUGAUUCUUUGGAUACAUUGAUAAGACAAGCGGUUGGAAAAGAACCAUUCCUUUCCUUUCCUAGGGCUGGUGGUGACAGGCCAGCACAGUGGAUUCAAUUAUUUCAUGCUUUAGAACAGCAACAAGAAAUUCCAGGGUGGCCUCUGUUCUCUCCUGCAAAGGUUCAACUACUAAAGUGUGACAAGUGUACCAAAGACAGAGAGUUUUGUUCACCCAUUAAUUAUAGAAGGCAUAAACGUGUACACCAUCGGUUGAAAAAGCUUGAUAAGGACUCUAAGAUAAGUAGGGAUCUUUUAGGGGCAUAUUGGGAUAAGCUCUCUGUAGAAGAGGCAAAGGAAGUUGUGUCAUUUGAGAAUGUGAUGUUGGAGGAGGUUCCAGGGUCUUCAAUUGUACAAGCUCUCUCAACUCUUAGAACACAACAAGGAUUUUACUCUUUUCCACAGUAUUAUCUCAGGGCUGGUUUCUCCCUUUUGGAUAUUGUUCAAUCCAGGCCUUCUAGUUUUCCUAUAUCUUCCCAAAAGUUGUUCAAUAUUCUCGAUGAUUCCAGUGAAAAUACAUUUUUAUGUGGAACAGCAGUGUCAAUGCAAAGACAUGUUUUUGAUGGAGAGGCUGAAAAGAUUGGGCUUGAACCAAAAAACCUAGUUGCUUGCACAAGUUUCUUGCUAGAGCAGAAAUUGGUAAAGGCGUGGCUGGCAGACAAAGAUGCCGAAGCAUUGAGAUGCCAGAAGCUGCUGGUGGAGGAGGAGGAAGCUGCUCAGAGAAGACAAGCAGAGGUUUUGGAGAGAAAACGCAUGAAAAAGCUUAGGCUUAAAGAACAAAAGGCGAGGGACCAACUUGAAAAUGACGUAGAAGUUAAAGGGAGCAUCAGAAGUGCAGGAGAGGAGGUAUCGCCGGAGGAACCAUCUUUGGCUGCAUGUGACUUUGAAGCUCAUAGAGCACAUGCAUUUGCUGAUCAAGCUUCUUCACCACAUGUAACUUAUCAUUGCCCAGACACCAAUGAAGGUGUAGAUGAGGAUACACAGUUAGCAUAUGAUUGUGACACUAAUCAGAAUGUGGAGCCACAGACAUUUAAAUCGGAUGCACAGUCAGGUUAUGAAUGUGACACUGAUCGGAAUUUAGAGAGACAAACAUCACACAGACAUAAUCCUCGACGCAUAAUGACUGCCAGAUGGCUAAGGCAUCCUAAGUCGCAAAGUACUAUUGUCAAUGGUUUGCAUGCAAGCCAAAACUCUCAAAAGUCUAAGUCUGGAGUCAUUCCAAAAUAUGGAAAUGGAACCAACCGUGAUCAAAGGGUAGCUCCUAUAGUUAAUAGUGGUAAAGUUUGGAGCCGGAAACCUAAACCAGAAAUAGAUACAGUGAUUUUAAAACCCAAACUGCACAAAGAACCAGAUGAAGUUAAGACUCACGAAGUUUUGAUUGGAUCUGUAUCUGUUACAUUGGUCAAUUGCAGCCAAUCAGAGAAUAAUCUUGUCACAUCUCAAGCAAACAGCUUCAUAGAGAAUUUGGCAAACCAAAAUAUUGCUCAGGAGAAGCCAAUUAAACCUGACUCCUUUCAUGGAGGCAACAAUCAGUCAGGAGUUAAGCUUUGGAGACCGGUGAGCCAGCACGAAACUAAAAAUCCACCGCCACUUCAAAGUGCUGAGACAGAAGUUGAUGUAGUCCAUGGAAAUGCUGAUCAAAAUUUGUCAUUGCAAAGUAAUUUAAGGUUGUGUGAUAUAGAUGGAGGCAAUAUGGGUUAUGGGAACAAAUCUCACGUCGGGCCAAAAGCAGAUUCAGAAGGCUUUCGGUUGUCCAGUGAUGCUGCAAAAGCCUUUCUUGGACAAAGAUGGAAAGAAGCAAUUUCGUCACAUCAUGUGGAAUUAGUUAUUUCACCUGAUUCAGAAACUCAUGGGUUCAAACCAGUUAAGGAUUGCGCAACAUCGGUUGCUAAAUCCAAACCUAGAAUGAGGCCUGAUAAAGGAAUCAAGAUAAAGUACAUUCCAAGACUAAAAGCUGCAGCAUAAAUAGAAGAAACAAAGAAAUAGUGGAUUUUUAUUUAUACGACAGAUUUGCUCAAAUUUGAUUGAUUUCUUGCCAAUUAAUUUAUCAGCAGAGGUUCAAAAUUUUACUGACGGUCUUCUGUCAGCAAAUUGAAGGUAGUUUUGCCAGAAAGUAUUUUUGUGUUCCUGUCCUUUUCCUUCAAACAGGGAUUGUGCAUUAGGUUUAUUUUUUCUUAUAGCAUUUUUUAUCAAAAUUUUGUGUAAUAAAUUUGUUAUGUUAUUAUUAUUAUAAAAGAACGUCAUUUUUUAUAGACAAAA